CACAACAAACCCUCCGAAUAAUAAACAACAAAACACGUGCGUGCGGUGUGUGGUUUCCUCCCUGGCUGCAUGUAGGAAUUUGCACUAAAACACGUAAAAAAAUGGUCACAGAUAAAGCGGACGGGGCGUGCCAGCUGCACGAUGUGAGGUUUUAUAACUUACUGCCCCGUGCCAUCGUUUGCUCAUCGUUCGGACAGUCGUCUCGGAAGCUAGCACUGGCCAGGGACGAUGGCACGAUCGAGGUGUGGAACAUGGCGUACGCGCCCUUUCUGGAGAAAACGAUCCCCGGCGGCGAGGGUGUCUCGAUCGAGGGGCUGGCCUGGGCCGGCCAGCGUCUGUUCAGCGUCAGCCUCGCCGGCACGCUGAUCGAGUGGGAUCUGAGCAAGAUACCGUGCGUGAAGCAGUCGAUCCUGGUGACGGGCAAUGCGGCCUGGUGCGUCGACGUCAGCAAGGACGAGCGGCUGCUGGCGGUCGGCACCGAGGGCGGCUACAUCAACGUGUACCGGCUGGACAACGAGGAGCUGGCGUACGAGCGAAUCCUGGACAAGCAGGAGGGCCGCAUCGUGUGCUGCAACUUUGACUGGACGGGCAACUUCCUCGUGACCGGGUCGACCGAUGCCGUGCGCGUGUGGGACGUGCGCAAUGGUCACGCCGUGCACAAGAUGACGACCGGCCGCGCCCACAACAAGCAGGAAACGACGGUAUGGGCGGUGCUGGUGCUGAAGGACUUCACCAUCCUGUCGGCCGAUUCGCGCGGCAAGCUGGUCGUGUACGACGGGCAGAUGGGCACGGUGCUGGAGCAGCACCUGGUCUCGACCGCCGAUCUGCUCUGCCUGGCGCUGAACGAGGAGAAGAACAUCGUGUUCGUGGGCGGCGUGGAACCAAUCAUACGCGUGUUCGACCGGGCGGACAGCGGUGGCAGCGUGCGGACGGAUAAACUGUUCGUCCGAUCGCACAACCGGCGCGGCCACACGCACGACAUCAAAACGUUGGCCACCUACGGGCGGUACCUGUUCUCCGGCGGCAUCGAUGGGUCGCUGCUCGUCACGUCCUCGCCACCGUUCACGCUCGAUACGCACUUUCCGCUGCUGCCGGGGCCGGCCUCCAUGGUGGCGGCCGACAGCCGGUUGGUGCUGCUGAAGUACGUCAACUAUCUGGAGGUGUGGACGCUCGGGCCGGCCAACGCACCGGCGCCGGCCCUCGGCGGCAACAAGGUGCUGCAGAUACGCAGCAAAAACGACGACCAAAUACUGGCCGCGGCAAUUGCACCGAACGGUCGCUGGAUAGUGUACUCGACCGAGCACAUUGUCCGGUUGCUGCGGUACGACUACAACCGCAAGGAACCGGUCAAUUCGCGCCUGGUGCGGGUACGCAACACGCCCGAACAUUUCGCCGUCUGCUAUCGGGCGCAGUUUACGGCCGACUCCAAGGGCCUGUUCCUGUACGAUCGUACCGGCGGCGGUACGAUCAACUUCUUCAGCUGUGCCGCCGCCGACGACAGUGAAGAGUGGGACCACAAGCAAUCGAUCGAUGCCGGCCGGUGGCUGUCCGAGAUGGUCACCCUGUCAGCCGUGUCCCAGUGCAGCCGGUACCUGGUGUGUGCCGAUCUGGCCAGCUCGAUCGUCGUGUUCGAGCGGACGGCUGCCAAGUGGAAGCGUUCGAUUUCGCUGCCCCGCUACAAGCUACCACCGACGGCACUGGCCCUCCAGCCGGGCAGGACGCGGGUAGCGGUGGCCUUCUCCGACCACAAGCUGUUUGUGUACGAUUUCGACCAGUUUGCGUUCGUGUUUUCGACGUACCUGCGGUUGCCGGCCGGCACAGACCCGAACCAUCCGAUCAGUGGGAUUGCGUUCGAUCCACGCCACGAAUCGGCCAUGGUGCUGCAGAACGGUUCGAAGAUAGUGACACUUCGCUUCGGGCCGGACAUUGAGGAGGAGGUGCUGCAGCAGGAGGAAACCAGUCGGGCCAAGAAAUGGCGCCCGGUCGCGAACGGCAGCGAGCAGCAGGACGGCGAGGGUAGUCUAACGAAGUGCAAGCUGCGCAUGGUACGCGACGCACCGCGGCUGGUAUCGAUCGAGUGGCUGGGCGAGAGCGAGCUGGUAGCGAUCCAGGCCAAUGCGCUCUCGAUGGUCGAACAUUUGCCGGCUGCGUUCCGCAUCAAGCGGUACGGCAAGACGUAAAUAUGUACGCGUGUACGGAACUGGGGGGGAAAACAAGCAUUACAAUAAAACCUCUUCUACAUUAAA